AACUUCACCCCACCAACGGUACCCAUCAACGUGAAUGAUGGGAACUACGAUUACCCUCGUGCCUCCUCCUCUUCUUCUCGCCGUGUACCCCGUCCAACUGGGGCCUACGAACGCCCGAACCUCUUCCAUCUCCAGUAUCUCCGCAACUUAAUAUCGGAACGAACUCGCUCCGGUGCCUACACCCACAGCGCAACACGUGCUUUGGAAUCAUUAGACGAAGAGCUCGGUGAAAACUCUUUGCAUCGGCCUGGAGAUCAUAACUUUGCCCACCCCAGGGCCGCUCUGGAUCGUAGGCUUGAACAAGCCCGGGUCGCCCUCGAUCGUAACUUUGAACAAGCCCGAGCCGCUGUGGAUCGCUCAACCCAACACCUGGAGCCCGAGAUAGCGAGCCCUGCAGACCGUAUCCGGAGUAUCUGGCUUGACCAAAUUGGAUGGGAACCACCUCGAAGUCCGAUUCCUCCGGAUUCCCAUUCGUUUCGACAUCAUUUACCCUGGCAAACCUACAGAUCCUCAAGCCCAGACGGAUCUUCGUCCAGGCCACCGCCACUCAUGCCGCUAUCCGGUCAGUCGAGUCAGUCCGGCCGUGAUGGCCAAGGUCGGAUGAAGCGUCGAAAGUUGGACGCCGACGAUAACCGUGAGGAAUUUCAGGGGUUCAACUAUGGACAUAAUGGACAGGUGGUGCCGGGAAUGCUACAGAUGGAAAUCGCUAGCUGUGAUGGAGGAAGCUACGAUCCCGAUAGCGGGUGUUCGCGCCCCGAGAAUGUUCUGGAUAACAAUUCAAGUGUCUAUUCCACCAAAGAAGAUCGCUGCAACUUGGUCCUCUGUCAUCGGGGGGAAGCCCCAUUUUGUUUGAAGAAGAUCGUUAUCAGAGCCCCUCAAUGCGGAUUCGAUGCUCCAAUCCAAGAAGGCAUGGUCUUUGUUGCCAUGACCUCCGAUGAACUGCUUGCCCGCACUGCACAGUACCAAAUACAAUACCCCAGUGGCCGGUUCCGCCGUCGAGCCCGUCGCAGUGGAAUGCAGCCAUCCCAGGAAUAUCUGACUGGCUAUCGACCACCGCUUCAAAACCUCGAACGCACAGUCCUUAUGGGUCCAAAUUCGGCUUCGGUUCCGCACACCUCAGAAGACCCACAAGCGCAGUUCCGUAUCACUACCGAAUAUGAUGAGAACAACGAUGAUUCUGGAGAAGAAGAAGAAGACUGGCGUUCUACAUUGCUCGAAAGAACACAGGCCGAGCAGACGGACGAUCCUUUUUCAGAUACCGACGAAAAUCCAACUGAUGAAGAGGAUGGGUCAAGCAGACGUCACCGACGGUUUGAUUCGCAGCGAAUAAGAGCCCUUGAAGCGCACCAGCUGAGUGCUCUCGGCCGUAUCGCUGACCAGAGAUUACAUCGUGGCCCGAGCCUUGUGCAUCCAAAUGCUCCAGCCGAGCCAGCACAGCCAACUGCUGAAGUUCUCAAACCACAUGCCCGUUUCUUUAUCGAGCGAGAGAAGAGCAUGGUCACCAUUAAAUUUGAUCCGCCCCCGUCGGGUCGGUUCAUUCUCAUUAAAUUAUGGAGCCCGCGACCUGACGGCAACAUCGAUAUCGAAAGUAUUAUUGCGCAUGGGUAUGCCGGGCCGCGCUUCUUCCCAAGUAUCGCUGCUCGCUAG